GAGAGUAUAUAUUUUGAUCAAUUAGUGAGAGAUAUAGACUUUCAAGUUCUCCAGUUUUCUCUGCCGCUGUAACCAGUAACAGGGUACGACGGAGUUUAUUAUGUCGGCAAAAUCCAACUCUUCAAAACUACAUAGCAGAAUCCUUGACUGUGAGAAUGGACAUGUUUUUGCAGAUAUUUCCAGACAGCAGAACGGGGAAAAUGUGAAGUCUAAAGUUGAUUUCGUGUAUGGCGCAGUCUCUUCUAGAAGCAAGAACGACAUUCUUUUGGUCUUGCAAUCCGUGGACUACAACGUAGAGGCUGCGAUUUCUAUAUUUUCUCGAGGCGAAGAUGAAGAAGUGCUUCAAACAUGGAGUUUUCAAGGGAAGAAAAACAAGAAUGGUAGUAGCAAGAAAAAGCGAAAUAAGAAGAAACUAAAUAACAAGGAAGCGUCUAAGGAAGAGACCACAAAGGAAGGCCAAGCAAAUGAUUUUGAUGACUCAAGUUUGUCAAAUGGAGCAACCUCUUCACAAGCUCAAGAUGAAACAGAAAGUACAGAAAACCUAUUACUGGACCUUAAAUCUACCGAGGCUGUUGCCUCACUUGCUCCACCAUCCCCAUCAAGCUCUGAGACUUCUGGGCUGUCUGACCUGAUAGCCUCACAUAAUGAGUUCCAGUCGUCACCAGAGCACACAGCAAAACUACAUCCAUCAUCUGCACAGCAUAAGAAUGCCAAGAAAUAUGUGUCCAAACCUGAGCAGCCUGUAACACCCAACAACUCACACCACCACGAAACACUGAAAAAAACUAUCAAAGACUUGUCACGUUCUACUUUUUCUUUGGCAAGAUACAAUGUUAUAUUGGAAGAGGAAUGUGAAAGUUCAUUGAAGCGAAUUUCAUCAACAUUCAAUACACUCAGAAAAUGUCUUUGUGAGAGGGAGGCGGCCCUUGUCAAGGAAUUAGAAGAAUUCAAAGUGCAAUCAGUGCAUCUGUUGGAGGAAAGGCUUGAGGAUGCCUCAGCACUAAAGCUAAAGGCUGAAAGAGCAGGAACUAUGGGUGAUGAGCAAGUUGUCCUUCUCAGAGCUGACAUCAAGAGUUUUGUUGGACAGAGGAAGUUGGAUGAAGAGUUGGCUCAAACAACUAGAUUUGUCUGUGAUGAGGAAGAAAUGUUAAAGCUAAUCAACACUUAUGGACAAGUGGUCCCAAUAAAGCACAACUACACACCUACUGUUCUUAACCAUGUAAACACCCUGCCACAACCUCAUAACAAAAUAUCAAACACACCCAAGCCACCCAUUGAAUUACCAACUCCUGCAUCCAUCACUUCAUCUCAAACUGCCCACAACACAACAACCCUGAUAGACACCACAACAUCACCUACAUCAACUACAAGUACAGCCUCUACAACUACAGCUAAUGCAAUCAGGGUUGAGGAGCCACCAAAGUCGUCAUUCCUUCAAGAAACUGCAGAAAUGCAUGUUCGACUAAAACAAGCUCUUAAAAAGCAGGGAGUAGAGAAACCAAGUGACUCCAAAGGUUCUAGAGCCUCAUCAUCUAGCAAGCCUUGGAAUAAACCACAUGAAUCAGAUCACUCUCAGAACAAGAGCCACCAUAUUAAACCUGCCUUGCCCAUGGAUAACAAGGCACCGUAUGUCCAUCCAAAUACAAAACAACAGUUUCAAGGAAAGCCGGGUGGAGAAGCUGCAAGGGAGAAUAAAGAUCUCGAAAAACCCAAAAGGCGGCAACGGAAUAGAAGGGCCCGUAGUGCAGAAGUCUCAGCAGGCACGAAAGAGGCCAAACCUUCUGAUGAAGGGAGUCAAGACAACAAAGUCGAUUUUAGAAAUAUACUCGAGGGAGACACCAAGCGGAAUCAGGAGUCACAGAAAAAGCACAGAGGUGGUACCCAUUCGAGUGAGGCCCACAAUAAGCCAAAGGGGGGUACCCAGCAUAAUAUUGAGUCUCAAAAUAAUCCCAAGGGGGGGAGUCACUGUAGUGAAUCCAACAGUAAGACCAAGAGGGGUCCCAAGCGAAUUGAGGAAUCACAGAGUAAGCCCAAGCGGGAUACCGAAGGAAAAGAGCAAUCACAGAGCAGGCCCAAGGGGGAUAAAGAGGGGAAGGAUAAAUCUCAGCAAAAGCCCAAGGGGGAUACAGAGGGGAAGGAGGAAUUACUUGAUAAACAAAAACAGAAAGAAGAGAAGCAGAAUAAACCGGGUCCCCGGAGUCCCCGUAGAAGACCUGAUUCACAGCAGAAAGAUCUGAACAACUCACAGAGAAAACAUAACUCGAACUCCCAAGCACAAAAAGGCUCCGCUGCUCGUCCCUUGGUCGAGGAGACGCCUCAAGUAGAGGAAAAACCCGAUAAUGCGAAAGACGGGAAAGUAGAGGAUCCGCUUCCUCAGCGCCAACAGAACCGGCGACGCAACCAGAACAAAAGCGGCCGGGGCUCAAAACCACCACGGGACAACCCGCAACAUGACCCGCAGUACAAGGGUAUGAACGGGACGAGCAACGGGGUUGAUCACGUGACCGAUCUCAACGGUUUAGACGACACCGACGCCGUCAAGAUCGCUAGCACCAAAUCGAGCGACGCCAAGACAGUAGCGCCGGAGAUUAUAGUGAACGGGCACCACACGACCACCUUUGACGAGAAGGAGGUCAGAACUGACAAACCACUUGUCAAUGGCUUUGCUACUGAGCAUGCACACGAAGAUAGUAUAAUAGAGAGAUGAUAUCCGCUCCUUUGUAUAGCUAAAUUUAUCAAAAGCGAAUUUUGACAAAAAAUAUAUAUAUAUUCAUUCUUAACGCGCUCUUUAUCAGGGUCAGUCAAUAUUAUGGAAUCAGAUAUCAAAUUUUAUUAAAAUGUUUUAUGUUCGCCGCUUCUAACAGAUUACUUAUGGUAAAAUUGCACAUUUUGAUAUAACUGGAAAUCGGUUUAUGGAAUGUGGUUUUCACUCAUUGGCAUGAAAAAAAUUGCAAAACAUCAACACAACAUACUGCUUUCAAAUAAAACACCACAAUGACGUUUA